AUGUGCCAGGCGCUUGUGCCAGGCCGACUUCCGCUCACUUCUUUCCAAUCACUUCCACCCAGGGGGCACAGGCUUCCCCUGAGUCCUCCGAUCGCCAGGGGACGCUGUAGGAAACGCCCGAGUUCCUGCUCUCGUCUCUCUCUGACCCCGUGAAGUCGCCGCCCGGAGCUAAGAUGGCGGCGUCAGUGGUAGCGGCCGCUGAGCGACUGCGGCGGGCCAUUCGAAGGUCGCCCCCAUGGCGGAGCCCCAGCCAUCGGCCGCUCUCAACCCGGGCCUCGGCCGUACGGGACGCCUUCCUCAGCUUCUUUCGGGACCGCCAUGGCCAUCGGCUGGUGCCUUCCGCUUCCGUGCGACCCCGUGGCGACCCUAGCUUGCUUUUUGUCAAUGCGGGCAUGAACCAGUUCAAGCCAAUCUUCCUGGGCACAGUGGACCCACGAAGUGAGAUGGCGGGCUUCCGACGAGUGGCCAACAGCCAGAAAUGUGUGAGGGCGGGAGGUCGGCACAGUGACCUGGAAGAUGUGGGCCGAGACCUUUCCCAUCAUACCUUCUUUGAGAUGCUUGGCAAUUGGGCCUUUGGGGGUGAAUAUUUUAAGGAGGAAGCUUGCUGCAUGGCCUGGGAACUGCUGACUCAGGUCUAUGGGAUCCCAGAGGACAGGCUCUGGGUCUCCUUCUUUGGCGGUGACCCUAAGGCAGGGCUAGAACCAGAUCUGGAGAGCAGGGACAUCUGGCUCAGCUUAGGGGUGCCUGCCAGCCGUGUGCUUUCCUUUGGACCACAAGAGAACUUCUGGGAGAUGGGGGAUACUGGCCCUUGUGGGCCAUGUACCGAGAUUCACUAUGACCUGGCAGGUGGGGUGGGAGCCCCUCAGCUGGUGGAGCUUUGGAAUCUGGUCUUCAUGCAACACAACAGAGAGGCAGAUGGAAGCCUGCAGCCCCUGCCCCAGCGGCAUGUGGACACUGGAAUGGGCCUGGAAAGGCUGGUGGCUGUGCUGCAAGGCAGACGCUCCACCUACGACACUGACCUCUUUUCCCCGCUGCUCAACGCCAUACACCAGGGCUGCAGGGCCCCCCCUUACUUGGGCCGGGUAGGGGUGGCAGACGAGGGGCGCAUAGACACAGCCUACCGUGUGGUGGCCGACCACAUCCGCACACUCAGUGUCUGCAUCGCUGAUGGCGUCUCCCCUGGGAUGUCAGGUGCCCCGCUGGUUCUUCGUCGGAUCCUCCGUCGAGCUGUGCGGUUCUGCACGGAGGUCUUGCAGGCACCACCUGGCUUCCUAGGCAGCCUGGUGCCUGUGGUGGUGGAGACGCUGGGUGAUGCCUAUCCCGAACUACAGAAGAACUCAGCCCAGAUAGCCAGCCUGGUGUCAGAAGAUGAGGAAGCCUUCCUGGCCUCCCUGCAGCGGGGUCGGCGGAUCAUCGAUCGGACCCUGAAGCACCUGGGGCCUUCGGAUAUGUUCCCUGCCGAAGUAGCCUGGUCCUUGUCCCUGUCUGGGAAUCUGGGCCUGCCCCUGGACCUGGUAGAGCUGAUGCUGGAGGAGAAGGGGGUGCAGCUGGACACAGCUGGGCUGGAGCGGCUGGCCCAGGAAGAGGCCCAGCACCGGGCACAGCAGGCUGGGCCAGCUCAGGAGCAGGCACUGCGACUCGACGUCCACGCACUGGGAGAGCUGCGGCGCCAAGGGGUGCGCCCGACCGAUGACAGUCCCAAGUACAACUACUCCCUGGGCCCCAGCGGGGGUUAUGAGUUUGGCACCUGCGAGGCCCAGGUCCUACAACUGUACACAGAGGAUGGGACUGCCGUGGCCUCCAUAGGGGAAGGCCAGCGUGGUGGCCUCCUCUUGGACAGGACCAACUUCUACGCUGAACAGGGGGGUCAGGCCUCGGACCGGGGCUACCUCGUGCGGGUAGAGCAACAGGAUGUGCUGUUCCCAGUGGCCCGAGCCCAGGUGUGUGGGGGCUUCAUCCUGCAUGAAGUGGUGGCCCCUGAGUGCCUGCAGGUCGGGGACCAGGUGCAGCUGCAUGUGGAUGAGGCCUGGCGUCUGGGCUGCAUGGAGAAGCACACUGAGCGGGGCUCGCAUCUCAGUCCUGAGCGACUGCGCUUCGAUGUGGCCAGCCAGGCCCCAUUGACCCCCGAGCAGCUCCGGACAGUGGAGGGCAUCGUACAGGAGGCCGUGCAACAGGACAAGGCUGUGUAUGUGGAGGAGGUGGCCCUGGCGCUCACUGCCCAGGUCCCUGGCCUGCGCUCUCUGGAUGAGGUAUACCCAGACCCGGUACGGGUGGUGUCUGUGGGGGUGCCCGUGGCCCAUGCGUUGGACCCCACCUCCCAAGCCUCACUGCAGACCUCCGUGGAGCUAUGCUGUGGGACGCACCUGCUGCGUACAGGCACCUUGGGGGACCUGGUUAUCAUUGGGGAGCGCCAGCUCGCCAAGGGCACCACCCGCCUGCUGGCCAUCACUGGGGAGCAGGCCCGGCAGGCCCGAGAGGUGGGCCAGAGUCUGGCACAGGAAGGGGAUGCACAGGAAGUGGAAGCGGCCACAGAGCGGCUGAGUCGGGGCAGCCGGGACGUGGUGGAGGCACAGCGACUGUCCAAGGACAUUGGACGACUCACUGAUGCUGUGGACACUGCGGUGAUGCCCCAGUGGCAGCGGCGGGAGCUUCAGGCCACACUGAAGGGGUUGCAGCGGCGCGCCAACACUGCCAUCCGAAAGGUGGAGAUGGGGCAGGCUGCAAAGAAAACCCAGGAGCUGCUGGAGCGGCACGCAAAGGGGCCCCUCAUUGUGGACACGGUCUCUGCUGAGUCCCUCUCGGUGCUGGUGAAGGUGGUGCGGCAGCUGUGCGAGCAGGCCCCAAGCACAUCCGUGUUCCUGCUCAGCCCCCAGCCUGUGGGGAAUGUGCUGUGCGCCUGCCAGGUGGCCCAGGGUGCCACAUCCACCUUCACUGCACAGGCCUGGGCGCUGGCCGUGUGCAGCCACAUGGGGGGGAAGGCCUGGGGCUCUCGAGUGAUGGCCCAGGGCACUGGGAGCACCACAGACCUGGAAGCAGCCCUCAGUGCAGCCCGAGCCUACGCCCUCAGCCAGCUCUGACCCAGGCCCACCCGGGGCCCCGCAUGGACUAACGGAAAGCGCCAGGAUCCCUCAGGACUUCCCAAAUGCUGAAGCCAAGGACCAGAGACUGAAUUUCGAUCGACCGAGCCAGAGGGCCCCCUGGGCGGGGGGCAAUGUAGGCUGGGGGAGCAGAAAUGGGGCGAGGGAUAUACCUCUCUUGGCAGAUAUGCAAAUAUGGCUGUGAUUGCUCAUUAAAAAGUGUAACAUAGGGGCCA